AGCCGUGCCGGCCGAAGCACGAGGCAGCCUUUGGCGCCGCCCACCAGCGGCUCCCCAGUGCUCUUCAUCUCCCGUGCGGCGACCCCCCGCCCCGGGGGCCGAGCACGCCGCGACCACGGCACCCUCAUGGAGAGCGGGGUCUCGUCGGCCUCGGCGCAGGUGCCACCGAACCCGGUCCGCCUCCUCAGCGACCCGGACGACCCCUGCACGAGGCGGCUGCAGGUGCUCAGCUCGGACCGGGUGGGGCUUUUGUUCAAGCUCUGCGAGCUGAUCACCAGCCACGGCAUAGACAUCUGCAGCGCGGAGAUCUCCACCGUGGACGGCGUCGUCCACAACAUUUUCGAGCUCCGCACGGCCAGGCUGUCGGACUUCGACGAUGCCCACGAGUGGUGCAAGGAGCUCGAGAGCUUCCUCCUCAAGGACCGCACCUGCUGCGCCAGCGCUCUGGAGGAGUCCAUCGUGGCCGCGUCGAAGCACCUGGUGGUGAACCCGGACCUCUCCUCUGCGUGGUGUCGUUCGGGGAGAUCGCCGACCACGACGGGCCGCCGGGGGAACUGCGCUACGCCCUGGAGCUGAACGGCAUCAACCAGGCGGGGCUGCUCACGUACACCGCGCUGGUGCUGUACCGAAGUGGCUUCAGCGUGAUAGCUGCGAGGAUCUCCACAUUUGAGGGGCACAUAUCCGACAGAUUCGAGCUCUCCACCACUUCGGCGGAGUCCGAGCACCUCCUGCGCUCGUACCUCGACAUGCCAAUGCUGCAGAGUCACAAGGAGAACGUCUCGCUGCCCUUCCACGCGACGCGCUCCGAGGGCAACUUCCAGGCGCUCAUGCAGCUGUGGGACAAUCAGGUGCGGGCGAGCACCCCCUCGCCCAGCGGGACCAGCACGCCUCGCCGCAUCCCCUCCAUGCAGGAGUCCCUGGACGAGUGCGCGGGCACGAAAAGCCCGGGCCGGUCCAUCGACGCGGAGCAGGCCUCUUCCGACGGAGGCAUGGUCUGGAAGCGCGUCUCAGGCUCCGACCAGGGCGCCCAGUCGCGGCGGCCCAGCCAGGGGCCGCCGCCUCUGCCGCCGAAGGCGGGCCAGGACGGCGCCCGGCGCCUGUCGGUGCACUUCGCCAACGGGGACGUCUACAACGGCAGCGUCAUCGAGUUCCAGAGCGGCGAGAAGCGGCACGGCCUGGGCACCUACAUCUACUCCCCAGGCUCCCACCAGCUGUACCAGCAGUACCGCGGCCAGUGGCGCGAGGACCACAAACAGGGCUACGGCGUGCUCUUCUACCGCAAUGGCGGCGUCUACGUGGGGCAUUGGGAUAAUAACCAGCGACAAGGCCUCGGCGUCCUGCUGGACAACGCCGACGAGAACGACCGCACUGCCAUGCCCUCGUUCCGGUACGAGGGGCAGUGGCAGGAGGACGAGCCGCACGGCCUGGGCACGGAGGAGUCCGAGUCGGCCCCGUCGUACUUCGGGCAGUUCGUGCGGGGGAAGCGCCACGGCCGGGGGGUGCAGCUGAGCCGGGCGAAGGCGGGCAUUGCGGGAUGCGAGGCGGUCGACAGGUUCGGUCGCCUGGUGCCCCUCCUCGACGCCCUCGAGUCCGAGAUCCACGCGAACCGGCAGCCGCCCGCCCUCCGGCCGUCCCCUCCUUCCCCUCCCGGAGCCCCCCGGACGCCGACGGCCUCCCGGGCGCCGCCGCGCCGGUGGCCGCGCCCUGGGUGGCGGAUGGAGGCCCCCGCGAGCGCGCCCGCGUGCCGAGGCAAGUCUCCUACGACCCCAUCUGCAACACCAGUGGGAGCAGCAGCUCCAAGACGCACUCGCCCCAGUCGUUCCGCGCGCAGGGCUGCGGCUCGCCGGCCGACAGCGUGGCCACGCCGAUGGUGGGCGGCACCAGCAGAGGCGCGGCACCAGCCGGGCACGACGGCGCACGGCAGGGACGCGACGAUCGCUUUGGUGCCGCUCCUGCGCCCUCCGACUCCGUGCAGACCCCCGCGGAGCUCCUGGGCGGCGAGCGGUCCGAGCCCGGAGGCACAGGCACCGCCGCGGCUCGCCAGGACGGGUGCAGCAGCGCCUCUGGGGGCGCGGGCCGGACCAGGAACCUUGCGCAGAAGAGCCGCAAGCCGGGCGGCCCCGUGGCCCUGAACUCGCCGCGCGGCGGCUCCUCGCCGCUGUCGCCGCGGCAGGGGGCGCACCUCGGCGGGGGCGGCGGGAGCGUCGUGUUCUCGCUGCACGAGGAG